ACUCAUUAGCGUCAGAAUGCAAAGUUCUGUGUGGCUCGUGGUUCUGGUGGUCCUGCGGGCGGCUGAAUGUGCAGCGCAGCCCCGAGGCCGGAUUCUGGGUGGCCAGGAGGCCAAGGCUCAUACUUGGCCCUACAUGGCUUCGGUGCAGGUGAACGGAACACACGUGUGCGGUGGCACCCUGGUGGAUGAGCAGUGGGUGUUGAGUGCUGCGCACUGCAUGGACGGAGUGACCACGAAUGAGAUUGUGCAAGUGCUCCUGGGUGCCCACUCCCUGUCGAUGCCUGAACCCUCCAAGCGGCUGUACGACGUGCAAAGUGCAGUGCAUCACCCGGGAAGCCGGUCCGACCGCAUUGAGGACGACCUUCUCCUCUUGCAGCUGUCCCAGAAUGUCUCGCUGGGCCCCUACGUGCACCCUCUGCCCUUGCAACGCGAAGACCGAGACUUGCCCCCCGGAACGCUCUGCCAUGUGGCCGGUUGGGGUGUGGUCAGCCACGCAGGCCGAAGGCCCGACGUCCUGCAAACCCUGACAGUGCCAAUCAUGGACCGGAACACCUGCAAUCAGCGCGUGCAUCACGACGGGGCCGUCACCAAGAACAUGAUGUGUGCAGAGAGCAACCGCAGGGACACCUGCAGGGGAGACUCCGGUGGCCCUCUGGUGUGCAGAAACACGGUCGAGGGUAUUGUCGCGUGGGGCUCGCGAGUCUGUGGAAACCGCAAGAAGCCGGGCGUCUUUACCCGCGUGUCGACCUACACAGAUUGGAUCGAAAACGUCAGGAAUGGUAACUUGACGAUCUGAGGGGACCUCGGAGACACGUGUCUCACAAUAAAUGCAUCUGUCUGA